AUGCAGCCCCCGAAAGACACCCCAUACCCAGAGUCCAAUCUCAGCUGGCGAAUACUGAAUCAUGCCAACGAAAAUGGAUACGCAGUCGGGGCUUAUAACUGUUACAACACCGACGGUGUCAUGGCGGUAAUCCGGGCUGCCGAAUCCCAACGCUCGGCGGCAAUCAUCCAGUUAUUCCCCUGGACAAUGCAUUUCCAAGGGCCAGAAUUCAUUCGUUACGUGACCAGGGCUGCUCAUUCAGCUAGUGUGCCUAUCGCAGUGCAUCUGGACCACUGCAUCAAGCCAGAUGAUGUAGACCUUGCAUUAACACUGCCUUUUGAUUCUAUCAUGGUCGACGCCUCAACAGGGGACGACGAAUUCAAUUCUCGGUUCUGUAAGAGCAUUGUCGACCGAGCUCGCUCUGUGAAUAUCACCAUUGAGGCAGAGAUGGGCCGCAUUGAAGGUGGCGAGGACGGCCUUCCUACUGUCGAUAUGGAGGCCGUGAUGACGAAGCCCGAAGAUGCAGUGGCUUUUGUCCGUGAGACAGGCGUUCAUUUCCUGGCUCCUUCAUUUGGCAAUAUCCACGGUGGAUAUCCUCCUGGCGGAGCAGACAAGGCCUGGGACCUUCACCGCCUUGCUGCUAUCGGGAGUUUAAUAUCUUCUCGUACACCGUUGGCCCUUCACGGAACGCAUCCUGUCUCAGAUGAAUUGUUCCGUAAAGCCAUUUCCUGUGGCGUUCGAAAGGUCAACCUGAACCGCACCGUGAGAGACGAGUAUACCCAAUUCGUUGCCAGUAAUGCCGGCACUCUGGAAUUGACUGCACUCCAGGUGGAGGGGGUGAAGGUUUACUGUCACUCGAUUGAGCGCAUGAUGGGUGUUCUGGGCUCUGCUGGGCGAUACUCAUAGUUAACAUCGCAGCUACGUUUAUGCGGUCUUUCAGGUUGACAGUGAUGUGGCGGGGAAUGCUAGAAUUAGCUCGCAUAUUAGACCGUCCUAUAUUCUAUUGGCUAUUUAC